AUGGACAUGUUUCGCGGCGAGACUCCUGAGGACAUAGCGGCAAGUACAGACGUUCCGCCCUGGCACCGAAGAGGUAAAGAUCGCGUCCUGGAAGGAAGGAAGAAGAUUCUCGAGCUUUUUGCAGCAGAAAAGGCCGGCCGCCCUUACUUGCACAAGCUCAAAGUGGGUCCAGAAGGAGGUGAACUACAAACCACGAAUUGUACCGUCUCUGUACCACGUGGGGCCGUUACUAUGGAAACAGAAAUCACCUGUCAGGUCAUCAACCCCAAUGACGUCACCAUUUCUUUGGAGGUAGGGGAGAUGUUAGUGAGUGACAUCAUAGAGCUGGGUCCGCCCGGGACAACCUUUCACCAACCUGUAACUGUGCAGAUGCAUUGCAACAGCAAGUCGUCAGAUGGCGCUACGGAAGCUGCCGUGUGGGUCACUGAGGACGGGAUACAUUGGACGAAACUUAAAACCACUGAAGAAAGCGAAGGCAAGUUUUCCGUGGUAAUGGACCACUUCUCCAUCUUUGCCGUCAUCAGUCAACCUAAACAGGACCAGUUUACUGUGCCUAUAGAAGGGUUUAAGCUGACGUCAUCAACGCAGCCUGCGGUACAAAUCAGCUUCCCGGAACAGGCUGUGAACACAGAGACACAAGUCACAGUACAGGUGCAAGAGGUUCCAAAAAGAGCAGUUAAGGACAUCAAGGCAAAGGACCAGUCUUUCCAGAACCUCGUUGGAACCAGUCCGAUAGUCAAUGUCGAGACUGUGUCGACCUCCGAAGUACAGUUCCGCAAACCGAUCACAGUGCGAGUCCCACAUCCUCAACACUACAUGGACAUCCAACAUGAGGGACCCACCAAACUGAGGGUGAUGUCAUGUGAGGAGGGGACAGAAGACUGGGUAGAUGUGACAGACAUCAUCAGUAUGAGCAGGGUUACAGAGGAGUUUGUGGAGUUUGAAGUCACUCAUUUUACCAGAUGGAUUGUGAUCGUUCUCACGGACAUCUACGAUGACCCAGAGGAGCUAGACCCGAUCCCCCUUCACCUUUGCCGAUGGCUUCAACACAGUGCCGUACAGUUCAUCCUACUGCAGCGAGAGAACAACACAAACGAAUGUCUCAUAGAAUGCACCCCAGCUAGUAAUGCCGAAGAGAGACGCGCCGAGCUGAUGAACGAGCUUUAUACUGGUCCAUUGCCUACUGACGAAGUGUGCAUAUUCGAAGGACAAAAAGUAGAAGCACGUUUGCUGGGUAAUGUUUCAAUCGCGCCAUCCUGCACACAACAACACAUCACAUUCCACAGCCGGAAACGUAAUCGUCUUCAACUGCAGGUGGAGGCCCACGAUGGUUCAGAUGGCAACGGAACUGUUGUCUUCUUUGCCUUGCCACGCGUCAAUGUCCAAAAGGGGACAAAUAAGAACGUCAAAAUCAGGAACGUGCGCAAGAAACUCGAAAAACUGGGACAUCCCACCGACGAUCUACUGCCAGAAAAGCUUUGCGAGCUCCCAAUCCGUGUACCAAGUGGAACCAAAAAGACUUCAAAAGAAGCCCACGACAGUGCAGCCUUCGUAGACGUUGGAAAAUACUUCUAUUUCGUCAAAGAUAACGUGACCACAGAUUGGGAAGAUCUGGCCUUCCAUCUCGGCUUGCCGAAUCCUGACAUCAGGAACAUUGCCGGCAGAAACCGCGACGACAAGUCCCGCUGUAUGGACAUGCUGCAGGAAUGGAAGAAGAAGAAGGGAGACGCCGCUACCAUAGAGGUCCUGAUGGAGGCUCUGUCUGAGGCAGGGCUGCAGAGCGUCGUGGAUGAGUUGAAGAAAUAUCCACAAAAAGUUGCAUACUAUGGGCUGAGCUCACCGGCAAAGGGACUGGAAGAAACUUCCCCCCGAAAAGACCGGUGCCGUGUCUCUUAAAAUCUUCAAGUGCAAGAUCUGACAAUCCAUCUUCACUCGUCAGCUAAUGAAAACCACCA